AUGGCCUCCACGGGGGGCCGCGGCAUCAUGGAAGAGAUCUUCGCCUGCAUCCCCACCCAGCCCAUCCCCUCGCCCGCCGAGGGCUCCGUUUCCGCCGCCGCCUGCUCCGUCGUCGGUGAAGCCGAGGCCGACGAGGACCGCAUCAGCCGCCUGGCGGACGCGCUGCUCUCCAACAUCGUCUCCCGCCUCCCCAUCAAGGACGCCGCCCGCACCGCCGCGCUCUCCCCGCGCUGGCGCCGCGUCUGGGCCUCCACGCCGCUCGUCCUCGACGACGCCCACCUCCUCCCGGACACGGACGAACCCGACGGCCCCUUGGGCUUCGGCACCGACUAG